AUGGCCCAGAUCAAAAUCCAUCAACAAGCCAUCAAAUCAUACAUUGCCAAAGACUCCCAAAAAGCCCUCCAAUGGACUAGGCAGCUCUUCUAUGAAAAAUCCAACAAGGCGGACACCCUUCUCGCCCGUAAACUCUGCCUCAAAACCCAAACCAAACACAUAAAUAAAAUCAACUUGCCCAAAGGCAGCACUUACAACAUCCCCAACCACAUAGCCUCAAUCUUCUCCAACUAUUUCUCAUCGCUAUAUGACCACAACCCAGACAUCUGCCACCGCCAACCUCACUUUCAAAAGGAAAUAGAAUCUUAUCUCAAGGAGAUCCCCUCCCUUCACUAA